AUGGAAAAUAAAUCAUCAACAACAGCUACAACAACUAGUAAUAAUACCAAUACCAUUGUGAAUAACGAUAAUAUUCAUAAUGGCAAUGAGACAAAGAAUUUACCAGAUACUAGCAAACCUAAUAAUUACUUAGUUUCGAAUAUUCCUCCUUUAAAUCAAGAAAGAGAAAAAAUUGUAUCGGAUAUUUUGGAUUUAUAUUCUUGCAAACCAUCUGAAGAAAAAUUCAAUCACUACUCUAAUGAUGUCAUAUUUGAAGAUCCACUCAUGUACUGUACAGGAAUCAAAAAUAUCAAAGCUCAAUUUUAUGGAAUGCCAAAACUAUUUACAAAUUCUGUAACAGAAACUCUUGAAACGUCUAGUAUUCCUUACAUUAUAUCAUUUUAA